GAAGCAUUACGGAGUCUGAGAUAAACAUCGCGUCUUCCUCUCGCCGGCUGUCAACAUGACUUUCUUUCACUUCGGAAAUUGCGUCGCCUUGGCUUAUGGCCCUUAUUUCCUCACCUACAAAUACUCUGGGAUGCCAGAGUAUGGUGCAUUCUGGAAAUGUGUACAAGUAGGAGGAAUGUACAUGCUGACACAGCUAUGCAAAAUGCUGCUGCUUGCAACAUUCUUCCCAACGUCAGAUGGUCCUCCAGAAAGUGCCAGUUUUAUAACGGAAGUGGUGAAGACAACAGUGGACUUCGGAGACGUUAUGGGCCUGAGCAUUGUGAUGGGUCGUGUGGUUGCUUCGGGACACAUCAAAGUGCUCAUUGCUGGCCUAGGGUGGGCAGCAGCCGACCUGUUCUUGACGCGUGCCCUCCCUCUCUGGGUGGGCGCAAGGGGCCUGGAGUUUGACUGGAAGUACAUUCAGAUCAGCUUGGACGCCAAUAUCAGUUUGGUCCACCACCUCAACAUGGCUCUCCUUGUGUGGCUUUGGUGGCGCACUAGCCUGGCCUCGGCACUUCGACCCAUUGUGGCGGCGCUGAUCGUGGGCUGCGUGUACAGGCCACUCCUGCCCCAGCUGCUCACCAUCCUCCUGGGGGCUAGGCCUUCAGGAUUCACCCUCCUCUCUGCCUUUGCGAUACCCACCCUGUGCACCACGCUCAUCGCCGGACACAUUUUCAUCACCCAUAGUUCGUCCAUUCGGUCCUACUAGGGAUCUCCAUGCUAAGAGAUCCUCGGCUCGAGUGUUGUCACUGUGUGAAAGUGUCAUUAUGGAGCAAAUUUUAUUAUAUAUGUUAUCUUUGUUUUGAAUUCUCAGUCUUGUUUCAUUCAUGUGUGGAUUUCAUUUGUGGUUCAAUAGAUGUAUUAUAUUAACAGAUACUAUACAGAUACCAUAAUGAAGAGUGCUAUUGGCCAAACGUUAUCAAAAGACACGUAUUAUUAACCUUGAUGGAAGUUAUUAGAAUGUAUCAGUAAGUUAGUACUGGUAUUUGUUAAUAUUUGAUUGUUUCCGAGAUAGUUCAUCUGAGAUAUAAUCAGUUUUACAAUCUCUAUCUACUUCUUUUUUUGUUAGUUUCUACAUUCUGUAAAUUCUGUAUUUUUGUUGUGUACAGAAAUAAAGGUCUUUUAUAUAUAAAA